AUGUUAAUUGGACACCAACACGCUGCUCCUACUGUUUGUAGUAAUGAGCUACCUAUUCAACUUCCCCAGCCUUAUUUUAGUGAUAGAUCCCCUUCGCCUGUUCCUUUUCGACCUUCUCCACUUGACCAUCGACCUGACUUGACAGGAAGAGGCCGAAGGGAAUCGUUACCCAGUAUUGCUUUUCUUACACAGCCAGUUCUGGAAGAAUCGUUGCUAACUCGUCGUCAUUCAAUAGCUAAUCGGCCGACAUCAAUUGAAAGACGUCACAGUACGCAUGGCUCAUAUUCACGGUCUCCUGAAUUGCGUAUCAGUCAUAAAUUGGCUGAAAGAAAGCGAAGAAGAGAAAUGAAAGACUUGUUUGAUGACUUGAGAGAUUUGUUGCCUAUGGACAAGAGUGUCAAGUCGAGUAAAUGGGAAAUUUUAGCUAAGGCUGUACAAUACAUUGAUCGAUUACGUGAAAAAGAAGCUCGGAAUUUGCAUGAAAAAGAAGAGUUGCAAAGAGAAUUGACAAGGUUAAAAAGUGGCACUUUAUAA